CAGAAUUGUUGGCUGAAGGUAACGAAGAAUUUCCCAAAUUAAGAGGACAUGAUUUUUUGAAAGACCAAACAAGUUGGAAUCAUUUCCAAGUCUUUUGUCAUCUCUAUCCGCCUUUUCUCGGAGGAUUUUUUUUCAAAGACCAAAGAAGUUGGAAGCGUUUCGGACUCUUUUUCGAUCUCUAUCUGACCCCUCCUGCCGUCGCCGUAAGCUAGCGUCCCCUUCUUCCUUCUCUUUCUGGCGGGGAUCGGCGGUCAACGGCGGCUCUCGCUAACGGAAAAGCCAACCAUCAACAUGCAGCGGCCUUCCGUCACCGGACAAUCACCGGAUGGCGAUGCUUCCAAGGAUGAGCAGAACCUAUUUGCUGGAAUUGGACUGCCUCCCACAGAUGUCUCUGUUGCAUUUCCUCAGGCGACUUCGGCAUCAUUGUUUCCCCCUUUUGCCUCAGAUUAUUAUCAGCUGGAUGAUUUAUUUACUGAUGAGGAGAAAGCACUCCGAAGAAGGGUGAGAGAGGUGAUGGAAAAAGAGAUAGCCCCUAUAAUGGCUGAGUACUGGGAAAAAGCAGAGUUCCCUUUUCAUAAAAUUCCUAAGCUUGGUAUGCUGAAGGUUGCUGGGGGGACAAUAAAGGGAUAUGGAUGUCCUGGGCUUUCAAUUACUGGAAGUGCUUUAGCCGUUGCUGAAAUCGCAAGGGUUGAUGCAAGCUGUUCGACAUUUAUAUUGGUGCAUUCAUCCCUUGCCAUGCUAACAAUUGCUCUCUGUGGUUCAGAGUCUCAGAAGCAGAAAUAUUUGCCUUCUCUGGCAGAUCUUCAAGCUGUUGCCUGCUGGGCUUUGACAGAGCCAGACUAUGGGAGUGAUGCAAGUUCCUUGAGAACAUCAGCGACAAAGGUUCCUGGAGGCUGGAUAGUUGAGGGUCAGAAGCGUUGGAUUGGAAAUAGCACAUUUGCUGACAUAUUGGUUGUCUUUGCGAGGAACACAAGCACUGACCAAGUUAAUGGGUUUAUUAUAAAAAAGGGAUCGCCUGGACUGAAGGCAACUAAAAUAGAAAACAAAAUUGGAUUAAGGAUGGUGCAAAAUGGUGAUAUUCAGUUUAGAAGAGUCUUUGUCCCAGAUGAGGACAGAUUGCCUGGUGUUAAUUCUUUCCAGGACACAAAUAAGGUACUUGCUGUAUCACGUGUUAUGGUUGCAUGGCAGCCAAUUGGGAUUGCAAUGGGUGUCUAUGAUAUGUGUCACAGGUAUUUAAAAGAGAGAAAACAAUUUGGUGCAUCACUGGCGGCAUUUCAAUUGAAUCAAGAGAAACUUGUCAGGAUGUUGGGUAAUGUUCAAGCAAUGUUCCUUGUAGGAUGGCGGCUAUGCAAGCUGUAUGAAUCUGGGAAGAUGACAUCUGGUCAGGCCAGUUUAGGGAAGGCAUGGAUUACUCUGAGAGCAAGGGAGACAGUUUCUCUUGGCCGGGAGCUACUUGGUGGUAAUGGCAUCCUGGCUGAUUUCCUGGUAGCAAAGGCUUUCUGUGAUUUAGAGCCCAUUUACUCCUACGAAGGCACUUAUGAUAUCAAUAGUCUUGUCACUGGAAGAGAAGUCACUGGCAUUGCAAGUUUCAAACCAGUUGUGCUUGCCAAGCGCAGCCGACUCUAGUGAUGGAGAAUCAUGGAGAUGUGCAGAUAUUGAAUAAGAGCCGCUUUUAAGAAGCAACUGUUUCCCAAAGCCAUCGUUGUUUGUGGGCUCAAUAACGUACAUGAACUUGUGCAUUCUGAUUUUUCGUAAGCUCUGAAACAGUAUUAGACGCAAUGUUCCCUUUCAUUCUGAUCUACAACUGAAUGUACUUGUGUCGGAACUGUUGUAAAUUGUAUAUUUCUUGUGGACAGUUGAUCUUGAUGAUGAGAACGUAUAAAUUUUAGACAACUUUGUUAAUA